AUGGCUGCAUCUAUUCUGGAGGUAGGGAAUGUAAUUGAAGAUGCACGCUAUGGCUCCAGUCCUCUGGCUAUGUUAACUGCUACCUGUAACAAGUUUGGCAGCACAAGCCCCAUCAGGGAUUCGGCUACACCCGGUAAGAUCAGCAACGCUACUCCAGUCAAGAAGCCUUACAUCAUGACCUCUGACCUUCAGACAGCAAAGAACGGGCGGACCGCAGACGGCAGUGGCCUGGCAGACUCCUACACUGGCUCCUUCACCACAGCUGGAGGAGGAGGAGGUGGCGGGCUGCUUACCCCCACUGGAAGCCCCCCUCCUUCAGCCGGAGGCUACACUACAGAAUAUAACCCCUUCUCCCACUCCUUCCAAACCUCCAUCUCCCAGGAUCCGUCUCUUUUAGUGUCCAAGGCCCACGCCACGGCCGACUGCCUCACCAGUGUCUAUACCUCGCUGGAUAUGACACACCCCUAUGGCUCCUGGUAUAAAGCUGGUAUCCACCCUGGCAUUACUGCUGCUCCAGCUAAUGCCACGUCCUCCUGGUGGGAUGUCCACCCCAACUCCAACUGGCUGUCAUCAACUCAGCCCCAGGCGGACGGAGGUCUCCAGGCCUCCCUGCAGCCUGUGGCACCCCAGGCCUCUCUAAGCCCACAGCUGCCCAGUUACAGCACCGACUUUACACCACUCAACCCAGCUCCUUACCCUUCUGUGGGACUGGGCUCCUCCUCACACCUUCUCCAGCCCUCUCAGCACAUGCUGCCCCAGGACAUGUACAAGCCCAAGCCUGUGCAAAGUGCAGGGCUGAUUGAGAGUCCCAUGGGCCUAAAGCCUGCUAGGGGAUCAGGAGGCUACGGAGGGGGUGCACCCACCAGGUCCUCAUGUGACUGCCCCAACUGCCAGGAGCUGGAGAGGCUGGGGGCCUCGGCUGCAUCCCUGAGGAAGAAGCCGGUCCACAGCUGCCACAUCCCAGGCUGUGGGAAAGUCUACGGCAAGGCUUCCCACCUCAAAGCCCACCUGCGCUGGCACACUGGCGAGCGGCCCUUUGUUUGCAACUGGCUGUUCUGCGGGAAGCGUUUCACCCGCUCGGACGAACUGGAGAGGCACGUGCGCACCCACACGCGGGAGAAGAAGUUCACCUGUCUACUGUGCAACAAGCGCUUCACGCGCAGCGACCACCUCUCCAAGCACCAGAAGACCCAUGCGGAUUCUGCAAUACAGGGCAAAGCUGUAGCUGUGGAGGGAGAGACAGAUCCACGGAGUGAGGAGACCACAGAGCUCAACACCAGCGCUGUACCCACCAAUCCUGUCGCUGACCAAAUCACCAACGGAGAUGAGAAGACUGGCACACCUAAUGGAGUUGAGAACACCAGUGGACUGUUGGAGAUCUGACUUCAUUAAGUCCUCUAUCCAGUACUAUGUGAGACAUGGUGGGUGUUUUAUGGUGGAAAAAAAUCAAUCACCUUUUACAUUAAAAAGACAGUAUUUUGUUUCCAGACAUGCAAAGG